AUGGAGUCUCCAAAGCCGCUGCCGAGUCCUCCCAAGAGUUCGGAAGUAGGCGGUUCUCCAGGAAAAAAUCAUAAACGACAUUCCGCUACUGCGGAGCAAGAGGAGGUAGAGGAAUUCGAGUUUCACCACGAGUUUUCGCGAAGUAAUGUCAAGAGCUUGAUCCACUGCGUUUCACAAGAGCUCAAGCGCAAUGCUUUGGAUAUCGAGUAUCUGUUUUUGCCUUUUCGUCCGGAACAAUCAAACGAGAAGCUUCUGAAAUUCUUGAAUCGCGCUUUCCCGCUUGGUAAUGGUGUGGCCGUCGAGGAUGCCAAGCUCGAUCGGUUGGCGCGUUCUACAGACCCCUGGACACUUUUUCAGGCAUUAAAAUACAUCUGGUGUCGUCUGCCCAAGGGGCAAGUUGUCACCUGGAAGGCGUAUCAUGUCUUUCAAGAGAGAGAAGAGGCCGAUGGGUUUUCGCCAAAGUCGUUCUUGGAUUUGAUGCCCCAAUGUCUGGCAUCGCCGGAUCAUGCAUCCAUUGUUUACGACUUUUUUGAUUUGAUAGUCGCGAUGGCUUCAAAUUCUAAAAGAAACAAAAUGAGUGCGCGAAAGAUCUCCAAAAUGUUCGCUAUCUGGGCAUUUGGCAAAGAAACUGAGAAAAACUCGACUGAGGGAUAUGAUCUUAAUCAUUCCCGAACGCCGAAAAUAGAAGGAAUUACCUCAUUUAAAGAAGGUCUCGAAGUUUGGCUACCUGCUGCGGACGCCAUGUUCCAUCUGCUUUUGGCGUUCAUAAGAAGUUUCGUUCCAAACGACUUGAAAGACGCUAGCAUACCCAUGACCUUGAAGACCAUAUUGUUUAACAACAACUAUCCACCCAAGGCUUCCUUCGCUAAUGGCUCGGAGACUCCUUUGACCGUUCCGAUAGUUAGCUUAAAGACCAACAAGUUUUCCAAAAAACCUUGGCAAUUGAUCGAAAGGUGUAACGAACUGUUUGACUUUAACGACCAUGAUGCAUUCGAGGCCAGAGAAGACUAUGCUCUUUUAAAGUCUCUUUUCAAAAAAAAGCAUAACAUUGAAGGUAUAAGUCAUAAGAUGUCAAAUGAAUCUCGUAGACUAAUGAAGGAAAUGUCCACUAAACACUCCACAUUCCAAGCUGGAUGGGCUUCGCAGAAAUGCAUCCAGCAAGAUCCCGUCACAAAGACUGUGAAAGACCAUUUGCAGGUCAAGAGGGUGGAUAUCAAUGACUAUUUCAUCUGGGCUUGGUUGUCCUCUUUAUCUCACGAAGAAACUUCAGAGAAGCGGAAACUAUUUGGGAGGUCGAUUAUCGUUGAAUUUGAGUUCGAUGGAUUUAAAAAAUGGAUUGUGUUUGAAGAAAGUGAUAUCAACUUGGAACUCAAGAUACUCAGGUCAUUAGACUCUUUAGAUGGCUUCAAUAUAGCCAAGGCUCCAGUUUCACACACGUCACCGGUGGCAUUAUCUCAUAAUGCGACUCCUGCAUAUGAAAAGUUUCAGAAAAACGCCGCUGAUGACAAACCCAUCGUAUCUUUGAAAGAUCGUAAUCAUAAGGUCCUGCCCCUACCACCUAUAGGCGACUCUAGGCCACAUCUACCUCUGAAGGACAUGAGUAGCCCCAGUGUUCCAGUUGCGGAAAAAUCGUCUUUAUGGAAUCCUCUGAAGACAAUCCGCAAAAUCAGCAAUUCAACGAGCUCAUCUUCUUCCACCAACUCUACUUCAACCGGGGAACGUCGCCCCCUGCCGGAGAAGGUAAAGGUUCCGUCCACUGUACAUUCGAAUGUACCCAGGUCUCGGGAAACUCCCACCAAGAGACAACAGUCAAGGAUUUUGAGUCAAUUCAGCAUGCUAAACCCUGAAAAUUAUCAGCUCCCGACGGUAGAGCAUGAGGACUUCAGGGUGGACAUGCCAGAGCUAGAUGGGCACUUUGAGGCAGAACAAAGUGAGCACCAGUCACCAUCGCCGCCUACGCCAAAGAAAGAUGAACGCAUAUUGCAAACAAAGGGGUGUUUAGACGAUUUGCACGAAAUGGUCGACAAGCUGAAUGAUCAAGUUUCCAAGUCCACCCCGACGCUUGCUCAAUCUACUACUAAUUUAGCUACUGAUGCAGAAACAUUUGAAUCAUUGACCAUGUUUGACAGGUACAGGGAACAUCCAAAAGACUCAGUGGAUACCCUAGCCGAGAGCACAAAUUCUAGCGUCGUUCCUCCCCUUGUACUGGCUAGUGAUGAGGCGGACCUAGCACAUCAAAUUCAGGAUGGUGAAUAUACGCUCCAUAGCCCUCGAAAUGAGUCUCCCAAGCAUUCCAGCGGUACCUCGCCGAUUGUAUUUCCGAUCGAUAGAAGCAGUGACGAGCUUACAGUGAGUAAACAGGCAGGAGGCCUUCCUGUUUAUAAAAAACUCAUUCAUGACCAGGACAAGCAUACUAUUUCGACUUACACGACUCCAAUUGCAUCGCCCACAGGUAGUCGUACUCAUAUACCCACAAAUCACACGGUCCACACUUCUCAUCUUCCCAAAAGCCCUUCGCCGCACGAUCAACGCGAACGAACAAGCGCUUUACUUCAGAAUGCUGGGGUUUCACAUAUACAGGAAGAAAUGCUCUCCAUACCUGUGGAGCAAGCAAUUUCUCAGGAAGCUGAACAAGCAGUCCAAAAGCAAGGAUAUCAUAGGUCUCCAUCCCCUGCUGCGGCACAAUCUGAAAGAAAAGUUUACGCAACAACAGAGACACUUCCUCAAGAACGAUAUCAAAACAUGAGAGCAAGCGAUCAGGAACUUUCGGCUGCACAACAAGCUAACACCAGAGUACCUCAAGCCGCAGUUUCGCUUGAUGACCGCUAUGACCUUCCAGGGGUGCGAGAGCGUUCAAAUGGAGUGGCGCAUCUCAUGACUGGUUCCGCUCCCCCAUUGGGACAUGCUGGUCAGCAGCGAGAUGUUCCUUCUGCUGAAAAAGUGAAUAGAAGCGGUCAUCGCAAUCCUCAACCUCAGUUUCUCCCACCGGAUUCGAGAACUUAUCAAUCGGCACAGUAUGCGGCUCAUGCUUCUUUUACGAAUGUGCCACCUCAGCAAAUAGCCCCGAAUGGACCUCAAAAGACGAUGAAAUCGCCGCCACCUGCACCAUUGCAUUUGCCAACUCCACCCCAAGGACAUCGCCAAUAUCAUCCUACAAAAAAUAUGUAUACAGCGAAUCCUUCGCAGACUCAUAUCCCUCCACAUGGUUACGCAAAUAUGCAUAAGGCACACCCGGGUUCCCUCCCGAUGUCGCCAAAACCAUAUCAACCGAACUAUUUGCAAGCACGACAGGCUCCUGCGCCUACAGGUCCAAGUCAUGCUGGUAUGGUCGGACAUUACCCGCCAACUAGUGCGGGAUACCCACCUGCUGGUCCACAAUACCCACCUGCUGGUCCACAAUACCCACCUACUGGUCCACAAUACCCUCCUACUGGUCCACAAUACCCUCCUACUGGUCCACAAUAUCCACCAGGUGGUUAUGGGCCUCCAUUAAAUUCACCUGGUCAGAAUCAAGGAGCGUUCUACGCUCCUAUGCAUGCACCUUAUCCAAAUGGUCAAAAUCCUGGGGUCCCUGGAGGUCCCAAACUGCAUGGUGGGUACACUCGCAAGAGAGAGGAUCGCAAACGACUGCAUGAUACCAUCAAGAAUGGAGCGUUUGGGAUUUGA